ACGCCUUCAGAGGCUUUUACUGUCUACUUCUCGUUAGAUUUUCUUUUUAGAGUAAUGUUUGCAGUGAGAGAGUAAACAAAAAAUCCCUCGGGAAGCAACGAACCUAACUUCGAGCCAUGAUCCUGAGCUUACUGCUAGGUUUUGGGUUUUUGUUUAUGGUUAGUUGUUGAAAGCAGGACGCUCCGUUUCUGGAAACUUUCGUUUCCUGGCGAUAACACUUGGCCCUCAGCGUCGCUUUCACUUGUCAUGUUUCGUUUGCUGAAAGCUGCGUUUCGAUUCCGCAGCGGCUGUAGUUUCAGUCUCGAUCCGAGGAAGUAACGCUGGGGGGGCGGUGGGGGAAGGGAGUGGACUCAGGCCGUGCCUCUCGCCGAAUCACCGCGGCCACAAUGAACGCUCGCUGCAGCUUCGAGAUGGCUGUGUCACUGGGCUCGGCGCUGUACCGGGAAUGGGCCAAGAGGGUCUUUGCAAUCGAGUGCAGCAAUAACUCAGAGCCGCUUUACUUCGCCCUGGCCCCAACCUCGGAGGGGCCGUGGGACGAGAAUUCCCGUUUGCACCAGGUCCUCAGCCGCGGUCAGACCUACUCUGUUUGCAUCGACUCCGAGAACAGGAUCCAAGGCGCCGAGUCCUAUGUCCAGCUGCGCAAUGAACUGACCAGGCUGCCCCGGAGGUGCCGCGUUCUGGAGCUGAUGGCGUUUACGCCCAACAAACAGGGAUCUCUGAUCAAGGGAUUUCUGGUUCAGGACAAUCACAGUGACGAGAGCACAGAGCGUCUCCUGCAGGAUCUGGUCUGUGAGAACGGGCAGACCAGUCUGUGCAGUUAUGCCAGGGACGGUGAUGGCAGAAUCUGGCAGAGACUUCGGCUCCUUACUGAUGGCCAGGACAGAGAGAUCUCCCGGAACUGUCUCUCUCUGACUGAGAGACCAGCGCUCCAUCCUUCGGUGCUCAACAUCAAAAGUUCGGUUGUAUUCUUCAAGUAUGAAGACGCAUACUGCGUUUUGGAAGAGUGUGUUGAAACAAUCCCUAAAGCCAAGGAAAUUCUGGAAUUGGCAGAUCAAUAUGACAGGACUCCUAGAAAAGGCCAACAUCCAGUAAUUGUGAUAGAGGGACUUGAUGCAACAGGCAAAAGUACAUUGACUGAAGCUUUAAGAGACUCCCUCCAAGCAACACUUCUAAAGUCCCCACCAGACUGCAUUAGCCACUUGAGAAAAACAUUUGAUGCGAAGCCACCUCUUAUUCGACGGGCUUUUUAUGCAUUGGGCAAUUACAUUACUGGCUCCAUCAUAGCAAGAGAAUCCGAAAAGUCUCCAGUAAUUGUGGAUCGAUUCUGGCACAGCACUGCAGCCUAUGCUAUUGCAACAGAAGUCAGUGGAAAAUUGGAGAACCUGCCACCACCACAUCAUGAAUUAUACAGGUGGCCCCAGGAUCUAGUUCAACCAGAUUUGGUGCUGUUGCUCACAGUUGAUGCAGAGGAGAGAGUCCGUCGGCUAGACCGAAGAGGAGAGCUGAGAACAAAGGAAGAAAUUGAGCUGGAAGCAAACAGUAUAUUUCGACAAAAGGUGGAAGCAACUUACAGAAGAAUGGAGAAUCCAGCUUGUGUUGUGGUCGAUGCUAGUGCCUCAAAGGAAGCGGUCUUCCAAAAUGCUGUUCAAGUAAUUGACAGAUAUUGUGGCAUUGAACAAACUUGACUUCAUACAUUGGUGAAAUGGAACUGCUGAAAUACAUUUCAAUCCUUUAUUUAAUAUACUGCAUCAAUGGCACCAAUCUCUUACGAAACUAUAUUGCUCAUGCUAUUCCUUUUGACUUGCUUAAUGGGGGUAUCAACUAGUCUUAAACUCUGACUGAGAGGGAUACAGGUAAGUGAUUUAUUUUCAUAGAAUCUAUCUUUGCAUCUGUGAGUUAUUUUGUUUGUGGCAAGGCAUCUACAGUUCUAUUUCUCUUGCUGUGCAUUUUGUGCAGGUCUCUACAAGGGAUGGGUGAAAGAGCAGAGUAAGGGGGGGAACAUUUGUUAAAUGGAUGUAUUGCAUUCAGUGAGGAUGACAAUGAAACACAUGCAUCACAUUACAUAAGGAAUGAGAUGCUUGACACUGGUGGCUGGAUGAAUGGGGAGGUGUUAAAUCAUGUAGAAAACUAAAGCUGGAUGCCUCUGAAAAUUAAAUGAGUGUGAAGAUUCAUGUGAUGGAGAACACUUUGCAAACCAAAACAAAAGAAAAGCAAACUUAAAGAAAAAGACCUAUGUGAAUCAACAAGUAUACUAAUUUUUUUUUACCUACGUAAGCCAUUAGACUGGUUUCAACAUUGCGUCUAUGACAUGGACACAAUGCUGUUUCAUUGAACACCUUCCUUAGCUGUCUCCAACUACAUUAGCUUGGUAAGAAUGGCAGGUUUCGUCAUCCGUUGUUGAAGAAAAUUAAGCCUGCUUGCUCUGGACUGCUCCUCGCUGUAACUUCAGCAUGGCAUGAUUAAGUUAGGCUCCUGAACACAUCCUAUUUCCAUUGUGGAACUGGCUCUUUAAAUGCGGUUUGGCUUAUUCUAUGCAGGCAAGCAUCAUAUCCACUGCACAGUUUUGGAGGUUCAAAACCUAGAAGUAAAAUUAACUCAUUCAAUUAAGUUGAGAAUGCAGAUCCUAACUGAGUCAGAUGAUUUCCUUUGGCAACCUGUUGCAAUUUAGGAUUGUGACUAAGGUCACAGAAUGUAGAGUCAGAGGAAAAAUAAUAGAAUAUACAACAUAACUACCUAGAAAACAGAAAACUGAGCCGUGGUUAAAAGUAGUCACUCAGAUAAGUGGUAUGGAGGCUUUUCACAAAGAUUGUUGAGGUCCAAUCUUGUUCGCCAUUUAGAAAACCAGUCUGGUCGCAGGACAGAGAAGGACAUUGUCGAAAUGUAUGGCUAACACCAAGCUGUGAGAUAUAUUCAAUGCAGCUGAGAGUUGCUACAAAUUCUAAGAUGCUGUAAGUAAUCUUAGAUUUUAGAAUUUUAAAUUCAGUAUUUGGUUGGUUUAGUUUUGGCUAUUUUAAGAUGCUUUUUAUGAAUGUGUAUAUUUUGCAAAGCUAUCAAAACAAAAAGUAAUCUUGUGUUGCCACACAACCACACCAAUGAAUAUGGAACACUAACAAACUGGAAUUAUAAGUAGCAAGCUGACCAGCAACAGUCGAUUAAAUUAAAAAAUGGACCUUAAUUAUGCUGUAUUGAAGGAUAUAUCAUUAGUAAUCAGAAGCCAAUAAAGGCUGCCUUUAUAAGUUAAUUUCUACUGAUUACAUUACUUUAUGCGUUUUUUUAAAAAGCUGUUAAAACAGACUGUGGGAAAGUCCUAAGCAGAGCACUCCAGUGUCUCAUCAACAGUGUUACCCUCGAGAUUCAGACAGUAGGGAUACUAAUGAAUAAAGGCUUGGCCAAGUUUCUGAUAAAGUGAACAUUGUAAAACACUUCAUUGUUUUCAAGUAAAAGACAAUGUAUGCACAUGGAUACAUUGCAAUCAAAUUGAUGAUAACCACAUUAUUAACAAAUUAGAAUUUCAACAGCAACCUUUAACUAAGAAGGUAUAAAAAGAAGACCUCAAGUGCCAUAUUUUUGAGUUCUCCAGGUACACCAUAACAGCCAGAUUGUAGACCUACUCAGGCAGGGAUUCAGAAUGAUCAAAAUGAAGAUAAUUUUCAGGGGAAGAUAGCAGGGAUUACUGUCAGCAUGAAAACUGGAGGUGUUUUCUCUCAGGAAAGGAAAACAUUUCCCACCUGUGAGCUUUGGGAUAUUCAAUUUGAAGUCUAUGAUGCUUUCCUGAUAUGUUUACCUUUGGUGUUUUUUUUUGUUGGUUGCUAAAAUAUUCCUUCAUUAUUUGAUGAGUGUAUUGUUUGGCUUGAUUAUAUUCAAUAAAGCUUGAUUUUAUUCUUUGA